UUUUAAUUAAAUGUUGAAUUAUAUUUGAUAGUUUAAAAAUGAUGGAUAUUUGUUAAUUAAUAGGUCUGGAAAUAUCAGUGAAAACAUUACUCGAUGAGAACGCUAUGAAUGAAAUUCGUUUCGCAAAUAGAUAUCGAAAUCAUAUGAAUAAACAGCCAAUGAUUGUUGUCUUCACGUCCGAUAAUAAACACAACUUUUCAAACAAACCUAAAGAGUCCAAUAGCAAAUAUGGAUUCUCUGUAUUGAAUGACGAGAGCUUUGAUGGAAAUGAAUUCAGAGAAUUGAAUCCAUCGCUGGAAUCAUCACUCAAAGAGACCAAUGAAUCACUUAUAGUGUCAGAUAGUAUGCCAUCAAUUGGCGGCUCAUCUCAUGUCCCAAACGUAUGUAAUGGCCGUCAGAUCUCUAUUGAUUUCGAGAGCAUCGGAUGGUCUUCUUCUAUAAUAUUCCCAAAAGGCUUCACAACAUAUUUGUGUGAAGGAAAAUGCGUUAAACGAACGGACAAAAGGAGUUCAACCAAAAGUGACACUUCGCUCACAAGUGUCGGUCAUUUGCGUCCCUUUUAUUCAAUGACAGACAGGAGACGGAUAAAGAAGAGAAGCGAAGACACACUUUGUUGUAUUGCCAAUGAAUUGAAUGCAUUAGAUGUGCUGUAUUUCGACGAUCGGGGAAACGUUGUCCUCAAACGCAUUGAUGACCUCCUGGUCGGGAGCUGUGGCUGUCAGUCAUCAUCACUACAACCGCUCCCGUAAUGCCAUGUCUUUCGCACGUUAUGUGCAAUUCCUAACAAAUUCUCUGCAGAAUUCUCUACUCUAUUAUCAUUUCAAAUGAAACUCUUCUUUAUAUUCUUGUGUUUCAUUUUAUUUUUCUCAUCCCUUUUGUUAUAGAUUUAUGUAAAUUUAUCCAAACUUUUAUAAUAAACUCUAUUAUAAUGUAAUAUUCAAA